AGAGGGUGUGCGUGUCGCGGUGACGUCUUGGGCUCAGAAGGCGCAGGCGGGAGACCGUGAGAUCCAAGGCGACGGGAGGAUCCGCGUGAGGAGCGACGAUGAGCAAAGCGCACCCGCCGGAGCUGAAGAAGUUCAUGGACAAGAAGCUGUCACUGAAAUUAAAUGGUGGCCGGCAUGUCCAGGGGAUAUUAAGAGGAUUUGAUCCGUUUAUGAAUCUUGUGAUAGAUGAGUGUGUGGAAAUGGCACCAGGUGGACAGCAGAACAACAUAGGAAUGGUGGUAAUACGAGGAAACAGCAUCAUUAUGCUAGAAGCUUUGGAACGAGUGUAAAUGAAGUAAUGGAUUCUACUACAGUGUAGCCGUCAUUUUGUAUUAUUAUGGGUUCUAUAGGAUACAUUCUGUAUACAUUCUUUGUGUACUUUUUAAAAAAAUAAACUGUUAAAAUAGAGAAA